UUUACAUUGCGCAAUAAAAUAAUUGAAAAUAAGCAGAAAUGAAAAAACCUCCUUUACACAUGCUUUAAUGUACGCGAUUCAGGUGAUACGCAAACGAGGCUAAUUAAAUUUGGCAACGAAAGUUUUUAGUGCAGUUUAAUAUGAUCACGUUACGAGGAAAACUCAAAAAGGACAAUGACAUAGCAAAUUCAAAGAAUUACAACAGGCGAGUCUCAAUACGAGAUAAAUUACUGAUCAAAGAGGUACAGGAAAUGGAACAGACGUUGCCAGUAACUUGUAAAGUCACAUUUAAAGAUCCACAUUGUCUUCAUGAAUUCAUCUUGUUAAUUAUGCCAGAUGAGGGAUAUUGGAUUGGUGGCCAUUUCUAUUUUCAAAUUUACAUAAGCGAAGAUUACAACAUGGCGCCGCCAGUGGUAAAAUGCUUAACAAAGUUAUGGCAUCCUAACAUAAGCGAGGAUGGUGAUGUAUGCCUAUCUAUUUUAAGACAAAGUAGUAUUGAUGGCAUGGGAUGGGCACCAACACGCAAACUAAAAGACGUUGUAUGGGGUUUAAAUUCUCUUUUCACUGAUCUCCUAAACUUUGACGAUCCUUUGAAUAGAGAUGCAGCAGAUUUGUUUAUUAAGGAUAAAGAAUCUUUUCGAAGUAAAGUUAAAGAUUAUGUAAUGCAAUAUGCAAAAAGAUGAUUUACAUUGUAACAUUUUAAUUAACAAAUGAUUAUUUACAUUUUUCAAAUUGGUUCCAUGCCUCUUUUUAGUAUAUGAGUACAGAAUUUGCUCAAAUCUGCUUUAGGUUAAUUAUGAUUUAACUCAAUUUAAUAUUGCUAGUCUUUUUGUCUGAAAGAGAUUAUCAUCGCUUUCAGUUUCAUAUAAUUCAAUUUUCGGACUGUUCUAGCGAAAUUGUAUUAAUACACUUUAAUUAUGACUUAUAUCAUUAUGUAUGAAAGAAAUGUAAACAUAAAAAAUUAAAAGUACAUCAUGUGCACAAUGUUUUUUUUUUCUUGACGAGACAUUGUAAUGCCAACGAGCAAUUGUAAAUAAAGUGGGUGUUUAAUAAUAUAUUUAAGUAACUAUAACUUAUAUGAGUAUAUAUCUUUUGUGUAAAACAUACAAAUAUUGAAUAUGUAAAAAGUAUCUCACACUAAUAAGAACUGAAAAUUACAAGUGUACACACUAUUUUGUCACAAGUAUUUAUUUAUAAUUUUCGUACAAUGCUCGAUUGAUAUUUUUAUU